AUUCACCCCUUUCUUCCUGAUGUUUUGCAGAGAAGCCAGGCAGAUUUCAGACAUGGUCUUUGCUGAUACAGAAUGUGCUGCAACCAUGCCUCAAAGAGCUACAGAAAAGCAAGUACAAGAACGGAUGGAGUUUUGCCAACAGAUAGGGCAACGCGUUAAAGUGAACAUCGAAAGAGCACAGGCAAAAAUGAAGAAGACUUAUGAAGCCAGGGUGUCCAAAGGUACAAAGUGUUUUACAUUUAAAGUGGGUGAUGUUGCCCUUGUCAAGAACCAAAGAAAAGCUGGAAGAAAAGGUGGAAAACUGGAACCAGAUUGGAAAGGACCCUAUACCAUCACAGAGAUAAGUGAAAGUUAUGCCUACGUACAAAAUUCACAAGGAAAACCGCUGGCCAAUAAAGUGUCUCGUGAACACCUCAAGCCUUUUGUAAACAGUGCGAUUCCAGUCCAAAUGUUGACACCAUCAGUUCCCUCCAAAGAAGACUCUCCAACAACAGUAGUUGAAGAUCCCACUGAAUUGUCAAUAUUGCAUGAAACACUUCCUGCAACCCAUACUGUGCCGUUUGGUCUAACAGCAAGUAGAAAAAGAAGGAUAAACAGUGGAAGGGGUUCUCGUGUCAAAAGGUUAAGGCCAUUAGAGAAGACAAACCUUGUGAAAUACUUACCACCUACUGUCUACACGUCAAUUCUGCAACCCAAUUACUGGCUGAAUGAUGAAACAAUUGACUAUGCACAAGGACUGCUAUCAACUCAGUUUCCUAACAUUGAAGGUUUCCAGGCAACUGUAGCUCUUGCUGGUAGUUCAGUGGGUGGUUACAUUCCUACCGCUACUGAUAAAUUCGUUCAAAUUGUUCAUAUCAAUGGCAAUCAUUGGAUGACAAUUUCAAAUGUUUUGUCAACAAACCCAGAUACUUUUCAGUGGUAUGACAGUCUUGUAAAUCCAAGUAAUCUCCCUCAAUUCCCGUAAAAGGUAGCUGCUGCAAUGCUUUUUAGUUCAGCUGAGAGACUGUUUGUAGACGUAAUGAAUAUACAACAGCAGAAAGGAGGUUCGGAUUGUGGAUUGUUUGCAAUUGCAAAUGCAACUGCACUGUGUCAUUGCAUUGUUUGGA